UCUGGACAGGAUAGGUCUCUGAGCAUCAGGGCAGGCGCUGCCACUUCACGUGAAUCACCCUCAGCGACUGCUGCUCUCCACCGGCACACAGAGACCAGGAAAAGUUAAGAAGGAGAGAAGAACCACCUCCAUUGUUCAGUCUCCUGAGAGCAGAUUUCACUAGCGCCCUGUGCAGCAUUCAGUGGGAUUGGUAUGCCCUGGGCCAGACCCCCAGUGGACCUUCAUGCUGGUGCAGCAGAGGCCAUGGAUCAGUACAACACAGACGACCACCACUACGAGGGCUCCCUGUUCCCCGCCUCCACCCUCAUCCCCGUCACGGUCAUCUGCAUCCUCAUCUUCAUCAUCGGGGUGACGGGCAACACCAUGACCAUCCUCAUCAUUCAGCACUUCAAGGACAUGAAGACCACCACCAACCUGUACCUGUCCAGCAUGGCGGUGUCUGACCUCAUCAUCUUCCUCUGCCUGCCCUUUGAUCUCUACCGCCUGUGGAAGUACGUGCCCUGGGUUUUUGGGGAGGCGGUGUGUCGCUUCUACCACUACAUCUUCGAGGGCUGCACCUCGGCCACCAUCCUUCACAUCACGGCUCUGAGCAUCGAGCGCUACCUGGCCAUCAGCUUCCCGCUCAGGAGCAAGGUCAUGGUGACCCGACGGCGGGUCCAGUACAUCAUCGUGGCCCUGUGGGGCUUUGCCCUGGUCUCUGCCGCGCCCACGCUCUUCCUGGUGGGCGUGGAGUACGACAACGACACACACCCCGACUACGACACGGGUCAGUGCAAGCACACCAGCUACGCCAUCAGCUCUGGACAGCUGCACAUCAUGCUGUGGGUGUCCACCACCUACUUCUUCUGCCCGAUGCUCUGCCUCGUCUUCCUGUACGGCUCCAUCGGCUGCAAGCUGUGGAAGAGCAAGAACGACAUGCAGGGGCCCUGCACUCUGGCCCGAGAGAGGUCCCACAGACAAACAGUCAAGAUCCUAGUGGUGGUGGUGCUGGCCUUCAUCAUCUGCUGGCUGCCCUACCACAUCGGCAGAAACCUCUUCGCCCAGGUGGACGACUACGAGACGGCCAUGCUGAGCCAGAACUUCAACAUGGCCUCCAUGGUGCUCUGCUACCUCAGCGCCUCCAUCAACCCCGUCGUCUAUAACCUCAUGUCCCGGAAGUACAGGGCCGCCGCCAAACGCCUCUUCCUGCUGCACCAGCGGCCCAGGCAGACUAGCCGCAGCCACAGACAGCUCUGCAUGAUCGAUCACAUCUCCACGCUGAACGAAAGCCUCACCGGAGUCUGAGCACCUGCUCGGCUCCACCGUCAGGGGGGUUCACAGGUCUCAAUGAAGGUUCAGGGUUCAAGAUCAAAAAAUGAAACUUAUUGAGGAUGUGCAGAAAACAGAUAUAAUCUCUCAGAGGGGAAACAGGGCUCUUCGAUGCAAAAAAAAAGAUCUGCUACUUCUUAUUAGCCUUCUUAUAGUUAUAGUCCUACAAAGUCUCAAUAUAGUUCUUUACAUAACUGUAUGCAUUCAGUGUUGGGUUUUAGACACCCCCUGCAGAAGUAUUUACAUGUAGCAGACAUCUGUAAACUCAGCUCAGUUAUCUCUGUUGUUAUUGGCGGAAACUGUUAUGUAGGACUUUUUAUUUGUCAUUUCUAAUUGUUGCCGGCCACAUAUUGGUGUAUAACUAGAUUUCCUGUAAUGUACCGUGAGUUAGGUAUAUUGCACCUUUUCACAUUUUGUCAUGUUAACCAUAAACUUUAAUGUUUUUAGUUCUUUUUAGGAUUUACCUCAGGUUGCUAUUAGAGCUGCAAGACAUUUGGGUUGAUUUUGCACCUUUUACUCACUGAAGUUUUCACCACUUCUUCUUUGCAAAAUAGCUCAGUUUCGAUCAGCUCCAUCAAUCUGUGAACAUAAAUGCUUUGGUGUUGCUGCAGAUCCUCAAUUAGUUUUAGGGAGGAACUUUGACUGGGCCAUUGUAACACAAAAAUACUGUUUAUCUUGACCUAAACCACUGAAAUAUAAAAGAAUAAAAUAGAGUCUGAUAGGAUAUCAUGCAGUCUUUGACAAGAGUACAAUGAAAUUUGAAAAAGCUGACAGCUCACUGCAUAGAGAAAUAAAUUAGUUAUAUAAAAUAAUAUAGAAGAAGCAGUUCAUUAGAAAGAUGAAAUAAAAACAAGUACAUUACCAUAUAUU